CCCCUUCGCCUAAAAUCCAUAAAGUCGAAUCAGAAUAGCAUUUGUAAAUGAUACUAAAGGCAACAACCUAAUCUGGAAGGAUUGCUGUUAAUUAAUUUACAACUAUAUUAUUUUUAUUCAGGGAAUGUGGUAUAAAUAUACAAUAUUUAAAAUAAAAAUUAUAACAAAAUUGAGAAAUUAUAUAACUAAUUUAAGUGCAAAGACACUGCAUUCGUGAACAUAUCGGUAUAUUGAUUGAAGACAUUGUUGCCCCCCUUACGUUUUACUCACUUUAAAUUUUCAAAGAAAUUAUUUGAAUGAAAGUUAUUGCAAAUAUUAUAAAAAAAAGCUUCUUAGUAUUUAUAUAUUUAUUAGUGUAUUAGUAAUAGAGAUAAGAAUUUGGUAAUUGGUAUAAAUAAUUUAAUUGUUAGUUGUAAUUUUAAAACAGUGUUGUCAACACUGGUAACAACAACGUGGGUUUCUUUGAGGUUCUUCAGGAAUAGUUGGUGCGUCGGAUUAACAAUUUCAUCCGAAUUCAUCAAGACAAAAUGGGGAAGAUUAUGAAAUCUGGUAAAGUUGUGUUGGUGCUGAGUGGUAGAUAUGCUGGAAGAAAAGCAAUUGUGCUUAAAACUUGUGAUGAAGGAACUCAAGAGAAGGCAUAUGGGCAUGCAAUAAUUGCAGGCAUUGAUCGCUAUCCCCGCAAAGUUCAUAAGAGAAUGAGCAAAACAAAAAUCCACAAGAGGUCUAAGAUCAAGCCUUUCUUGAAGGUUAUGAACUACAACCACCUUAUGCCCACUCGUUACACAGUAUCUGAGAUCGCCCCUGACCAGAAGGUGGUUACGAAAGAUUUGAAGGACCCAAUGAAGAAGAAGAAAAUACGUUUCCAAGUUAGAGUGAAAUUUGAAGAAAGGUACAAGCAAGGUAAAAGCAAGUGGUUUUUCGAAAAAUUAAGGUUUUAAUUCCUUGUUUUUUUAUUUCUUAAUAAUAUAUUCAUUUU